AUGGUCACUAUCAACAACGCUCAUUCAGAGCUCAUUCACGAUGCAGUUCUAGAUUACUAUGGUAAAAGACUUGCGACGUGUUCUUCUGAUCAUACGGUCAAGAUUUUCGAGGUUGAAGGAGAGACACAUAAGCUGGUAGAUACUUUACAAGGUCAUGAGGGUCCAGUUUGGCAAGUUGAUUGGGCACAUCCUAAGUUCGGAGUGAUUCUAGCAUCAUGUUCCUACGAUGGUAAAGUUUUGAUUUGGAAAGAAGUGAACGGCAGAUGGUCACAGAUUGCUGCUCAUGAAGUACACUCUGCGUCUGUUAAUAGCAUUCAAUGGGCUCCGCAUGAGUACGGGCCACUUUUGCUAGCAGCUUCUAGUGAUGGUAAGGUUUCUGUUGUUGAGUUUAAAGAAAACGGAACCACUUCACCAAUUAUCAUCGAUGCACACUCAAUUGGCGCAAACACUGCAUGCUGGGCACCAGCUACAUUACAGCAGCAGUCCAAUCAAGGUACUUCAGGAAGUGCUUCCCCACAACAAGUGCGGAGAUUCGUCACUGGGGGUGCAGACAACUUAGUGAAAAUUUGGAAAUACAACUCAGAUGCUGCCACUUAUCUGCUAGAGCAUACUCUUGAAGGGCAUUCUGACUGGGUCAGAGACGUUGCAUGGUCUCCAACUGUGUUAUCACGCUCUUAUUUGGCAUCUGUCUCUCAAGAUCGUACGUGUAUUAUCUGGACUCAAGAUAGCAAGGAAGAUACCUGGAAAAAGACCUUAUUGAAAGAAGAUAAAUUCCCAGACGUAUUAUGGAGAGCCAGUUGGUCAUUGUCCGGUAAUAUUUUAGCUCUAUCCUGUGGUGACAACACUGUCACCUUAUGGAAAGAAAACUUGGAAGGUAAAUGGGAGCCUGCAGGUCAAGUGACUGAGUAA